CACGCGCGAUGGCGGCAGCAAAGCUCCCUUCGGCGCUGCCUCAGCGGCCAGCCAGGCUGGCACGAGCUGUUCGCGAUGCCGGCUCUUCAGCGCUUCCUGGAGCGGCAGCAGCAGCCAGGAGAAGGGCGCCGCGGGGGCUCUAGGCCGGAGCUGGCGGCGCGGAUUCGCCUUCUGCGAGGCAAGGAGCAAGAGCUGCGCGACACGGAGCGCAUGGCCCGGGAAGAUGAAAAUGAAGAUUUGCGGAUGCUUGCAGAAAAGGAAGUUGUUUCCUGUCAGGAAGAGAUAUCAGAGCUGAAACAUGAGAUAGUAUUGCUUUUGAUUCCUUCAGAAGAAACUGACAAAAGUGAUCUUAUCAUGGAAGUGACUGCUGGAGUUGGAGGGCAGGAAGCAAUGCUAUUCACUGAAGAAAUGUUUGAUAUGUAUCAACAGUAUGCUGCAUAUAAAAACUGGAAUUUUGAACUUCUGGAAUAUACUCCCAGUGAUUUAGGUGGUUUGAGACAUGCAUCUGCCACUAUAGCAGGCCUUGAAGCUUAUAGGCAAAUGAAGUUUGAAGGAGGAGUACAUCGUGUGCAGCGUGUGCCUAAGACAGAGAAGCAAGGCCGUAUUCAUACCAGCACAAUGACUGUAGCAAUAUUACCACAACCAAAUGAGAUAAAUCUGACAAUUAAUCCUAAAGAGCUGCAUAUUGAAACUAAACGAGCCAGUGGGGCCGGUGGUCAGCACGUAAAUACGACCGAUAGCGCUGUACGAAUAGUCCAUAUUCCGACAGGUGUGGUGUCUGAAUGUCAACAAGAAAGAUCUCAAAUCAGAAACAGAGAAAAGGCUCUGCAGAUCCUUCGUGCCAAACUAUAUAGUAUCAAACUUGAAGAAGAGUCAAAGAAGAGAGAAACUGCCAGGAAGAUUCAGAUUGGGACCAAAGGGAGGUCUGAAAAAAUCAGAACCUACAACUUUCCCCAGGAUCGGGUUACUGACCACAGAAUAAGCAGAUCAGUUCAUCACAUUGAAAGGUUCAUGUUGGGGGAAGAACUACUAGAUGAAAUGAUACAGUCCCUGAAAGAAUAUGCUGACUAUGAGAUUCUAAUGGAAAUUAUUUCAGAAAAGGACCCAACCAGGCUGAGGUGA